AUGAAGCUGCUCACCACUGGUUUGAUAAUUCUGGUUUUAUUUACGGUAGUUGCAAGUUAUGUCAUCGUCUCCAACAAGUUUGUUACUACCAAUGGAUCCAUUGCCUUGCCAAACAAUGAGACCUCAUUGACCUCCAACGGCAGUCGCUAUCGCACCUCUCCGGAUUACUCGACAAUAAGUAUUGCAUUCUUAUUUGUCAUGGCAACGGUGAUUUGGGGAACAGUCAUGAUUUCUAUGCUAGUUUACAAAUACUACGACAAGGAGUUACCAGAAAAAGUGAUGUCAAUUAUGAUACUCCAGGAGUUGAAGAAGGGUGACGAUAUGGAAACUGACGAAGAAGACAUGGCGUAA